AUGGAUUCGACGGUUCUAAGCGGAAAGUUCCUAACCCUGAUAUCAGACUGUGCGACUUUGAGCACACUUUGGUCAGUGGUCUGGAAUAUCGGUUUCUUAUGGAACAACAAUCUAAGUGCACAAUUGUAG